GAGGAGAGAAAAUUUGAACCAAUUUCGAACCGUGACUCUAGCCUAUCCGGGCCUAGGUGUCGUCGAGGUAGAGAGAGAACCGUGCCAGUGACCGUGACCCUCCGACUCGGAGUCAGGCGGCUGUGGCCUAUCCUAUCCCUGCGUUGCAUCUCCCACUCGCUAAUAUUUGAGUUUUGGACUGUUGUCACGGUUCCGAGUCUAUUCGAGUCACGGUUGACGCCUGUCCGGGUACCAAUAGCGUGACCGGUCACCGAGACCAUGACGGUAACUCUCCGUCACGAUAGUCGGAUACUGGGGCAGUCUUUUUAGAGGCUGAUCAGGACCCCAACGACGCUAGGGCAUAGUCUUUCUAGGUAGGGGCUGGGGACUGGACCUCUUGGAAACUCCGCACUGGCAUCCAUCAGGCGGGGCUCGACUUUACUACUAGUAUUGCCCACUGUGCUCAUCAAAUAGUGAGCCUGAGUUUGAAGUGUCGCCAGCUGCCGCGUGUUUCGCCUCUUCAAGUUGAUGAUGACACGCGACCGCAUUCUGACAGGGGCCAAGGACCGGGUGCGGGUGCCGCGGAGGCGGCUGCGAGUUGUUACUAUGACUUGAAGCGUGGACAACGAAGAGGAUGAUGUGGAAGAUGAGGACGUGGAUAGCUCCUUCAACCAGCCGCCCAACAAAUUGAAGUUGACCGUUCACGCCGCAGCUUAGCAUGCCAGGGCCAGCCUGAGCCUGAGUGAGCGAACGGACGUCACGGUCACGGUGCUGCCGCGGUGGUUAAAAAAAAUCGACGCCAUGUGUCUCGUGCAUAGUUAUGUCCGCUUGUAGCCUGAAGCCACGGUCUAGUUACUGUACGGAUCAUGCUACGACGGGCCGGCGUUUGUACAGUACUCCAUCUUGCUAGGAUAGCCACAACCAUGUGCGAGCGCUCAUUCUCUGAUGGGUCUCGAGGCGUGGGUUUGGGCGUGCCCCCGCAUAUCCGAGACGCCCUUGAGCAGGCGCGGCUGGCCGCGCGGGAAGCGGAGACACCGACACGCCAAUCAGAAUUUAGCCGCGAAAAUACCGGCGAAGGAAUUCACUCUCUUGCGCGUACAGCAAUCAGACGCGAAUCAUCGUUUGUACAGCGUCUUCUGAAUAAAGAGAAACAAUUGAUGAAUAUACGAACGUACGUCAAUGAUUCCUUGCGCUCACAUAAAAUGCAUCAUGCUUAUCUGCGUAAUUCGUUCUUGGAUCCUGCCAUUGGUCUUGAAUUUAAACUCUUAGAGCACGGUGCACAGCAGGGAGUAUUGAUGUUGCCAAACCCUGACGUCGAAGCCCUCGAGAAAGCCCUUGCUGCAUGCGAGGUGGCACAGAACGAACUCAAAAUCGAGAAUUGUCGCCUUCAUCUGAGGCUUAGACAGGCCAUGGAGCGGAAUAAUCAGCUUGAGCAAGAAUGCGAAAAUUUGUACCUCCAGCAAAGACAGGAGAUGUAACAUAAGAAUUGAGAGCCAAAAAAGAACAUGCCAGCGGGGAAGUUUGCUUUUUUCCCCGUUACUCUGCUAGACGGACUUGGGAUUAUGAGCCACGGUGUGAAGGUAAGGACCCUCGCAUACUUAAUUGCGAAGUACUGCUUGUGAGUCAGGUGCAGUAGUUUUGCAUCUCGUCUAUCAGCUUCAUACUGACGUCUGAUCUUGCGGUGAUCAGACUUGGUCCAUCGCUGGCUUCUAUUGGUGAAACUUAGCAUAAAAUUUCGGAAGUAAUCGCGCGUCACCUCCUCUCCCCCGGAGCCGAGUGUGGACCAAUUGGCCGCACUAUUAGCUUGCAAAUCCCAUAACUGGGUGUCACGAAAGUGAAACACACCUCGUGAAACAUCGUUUCUGUAAUCAGAUACUGUCGCGCCACUAUUAAAGUACUCUUGCAGGUUUGCUGCAUCCUUAUAUUUAGUUGCACGGGAUCUGGACCUGACAGAAUUUGCAAAUUUUCCGUCACUGCUAAACUGAAUUUCUGCGUUAGCGGUAUGUAGCUGCAUUAGACAGGGUAGUAUAGUGCGUGAUGACCUCUCACCAUGCUUUCAAAGACGGUCAGGUUAUGUGUGGCCGUCUUUCUGCCACGGUACUUUGAUUUGCUUACAAAGUCUGAUAGGACGUCUUCCCUAUUGACGUAACAUUUUUGUCGUCUUUUCGGGUGUAAAUCUUCUAGGCC